AUGUCACUAACUCUCGGGCAAGCUGUUUGGGCCUCUAUAAAGCCUAUCAUAAAGAUCUAUUUAAUCAUUGGAUGUGGAUUUGGUUUGGCCCGGCUAGAUAUAUUGACAAUAGAAGCAACAAAGAGUAUAUCAAAUAUUGUUUUAACCCUGCUGCUACCAUGCCUGUCGUUUAAUAAAAUUGUGGGAAAUAUCGAAGUUCAAGAUAUCAAGGAUGUGGGUAUCGUAUGUCUAUCUGCCGUUCUGGUCUUUGGAACCGGUGUGUUCUUUGCAUUCGUGAUCCGUUCAUUCAUGCCUGUGCCGAAAAGGUGGAGGGGUGGAAUUUUAGCUGGUGGAAUGUUUCCGAACAUCAGCGAUUUGCCCAUCGCCUACCUACAAACCUUGGACGAAGGUCUGGUUUUUACUGUUGAGCAAGGGAACAAGGGUGUUGCGAUUGUUAUUAUCUUUUUAGCCAUGUUUUCCCUAACCUUGUUCAAUCUAGGCGGGUUUCGAUUGAUAGAAAGUGACUUCAAGUACCAUGACCAGGAAAGUGCGCUAGUCGAUGAAAACUACGAAAUGACCGACAAGCGCAAUGUCAGCAGUCACGGCUCGAGUUCUGUGGAGCCCAAAACUGGAGCAGAUGAAUACACAACCCAUGAAAAUGGAUCAAACGACCGCAAUACGCUUCCUUCCCUAACUCCUCAAGAUUCCGGCGGUAGCCAACAAAGCGAGGUUUCUAUCGAUUCUAACCAGCCCAAGCCUUUGCAUCACGAAGGAAGUGUAACUAAUCGCAGCUCCAGACGCAGAUCUAAUGUCAGCUCCAUGCACACACAAGAGCUUCCGGAAUAUCCGUCGCAGGACAUGGCAAAUUUGAUUCGACAGUACUCCAAUGUGGACCAGUUUGGCAGGCGUAGCACUGGUAACCAAUCAUCGCAAAGUGUGACACGACAAGCUUCCAUUGUCGAAAGAAUCAAAUAUUCGGGACUUACCCGCAUGUUGACUUCUGAUGCGGCUGUCGGAGCUCAAGAUGUCCAAGAAUCGGGAAGAGCGCUGCCGUCAUGGCUCUACAGGCUGUCUCCCACUCCUUACAUUGUUUUUUUCAUAAAGAAUUGCUUGAGGCCUUGUUCGCUUGCCGUAAUCGCCGGGCUGAUAGUUGCAUUUAUACCUUGGGUCAAGGCUCUUUUCGUCACCACGUCAAAUACGCCGGACAUAAAGGGAGCUCCGGAUGCUCAGCCUGCCCUUUCCUUUAUCAUGGAUUUCACGAGUUACGUCGGAGCCGCGUCUGUUCCUUUUGGUCUGCUUUUGCUGGGAGGUACGCUUGGACGUUUGAAAAUCAAAAAGCUCCACCCCGGGUUUUGGAAAAGCGCUGCAAUUUUGGUUGCUUUGCGACUCUGUUUAAUGCCCGUCUUUGGCGUCCUGUGGUGUAAUCGACUAGUGAAAGCCGGCUGGGCAAAUUGGGAUGACGAUGCCAUGUUGCUGUUUGUCAUUUGCAUCGACUGGGCUCUUCCGAGCAUGACUGCCCAAAUCUAUUUUACUGCCAGCUAUACACCAACUGAUGCCGUAGAUACGGUACAGUUAGACUGUAUCUCUUUCUACUUGAUGAUUCAAUACCCUGUAAUGGCCAUCACACUGCCCGUCUUGGUAACAUAUUUCCUUAAGGUCCAAAUGAAGGUAUAA